AUGGCCGACAAAAUUGACAUCCCAACCUGCUCCAUCGAGGAGUUUUUGGAUACUUCCUUUGACUACAUUAUCUGCGGAGGAGGCACAGCUGGAUGUACCAUCGCUGCCCGCCUAUCCGAGAAUCCCCUUGUUACGGUCGGUGUGAUCGAAGCGGGGAAGAGUCGACUCGGAGACCCCGUAGUCGACAUCCCGGGGAUGUUCCCAGAGCAGCUCGCGAACCCAAAUUAUGACUGGUGCAUCUAUACCGAGCCGCAGGCUGGGAAUCGGGGGAAAGUCCACCAAAUCCCUCGCGGGAAGUAUCUAGGGGGAUCUAGUGGCAUGAACGUCAUGGUUUAUGUGAGGGGUUCGAUGGAAGACUACGAUAACUGGGCCUCUUUUGUCGGUGACGAAGGCUGGUCUGCAGAAUUAAUGCAGCGGUACAUGCGCAAGCAUCAGACCCUCGAGCCUGCAGAGGCAGACUUGGGCCGAUCGAUCAAACUUCAGGACAAGUUUCAUGGCACAAAUGGUCCCAUUCAUACGAGUUUCAAUGAGGGCGCCAUGCCGGUGGAGUUCGACUUCCUCAAGGCAUGCGAGGAUACAACGGGGAUAACAGAUAAAUCCGAAGACCCCUGGUCGGGGCAUCAUCUUGGUAUUCACCAUGUGAUGGCCACUAUUACGAGAAAGGGUCCCAACAAGGGAUUGCGCAGCUAUGCUGCCAGGGAGUAUUACGCGCCGAAUCACACUCGUCCGAAUCUGAAGGUGCUGUGCGAAGCUCGGGUCAAUAAGAUCCUUCUCGAUAACAAGAUCAAGGCGACGGGGGUCAGUAUCAACCAUCAAGGGAAAGGCUACGAGAUUCAAGUAGCCCGGGAAGUGAUCCUGACUGCCGGCUCCGUCUCCUCGCCUCAUAUUUUGGAGUUAUCCGGCAUCGGAGACCCUGCCAUCCUCAAGUCAGCGGGUGUUCCGUGCAAGGUUAAAAAUUCCGCUAUUGGAGCGAAUCUCCAGGACCAUGCUAUUGCAUUUUUGAACUGGGAGGUUAAACCCGGUGUCAUCACCGGUGAUGUUCUACGCCAAGCUCCUGAAGCUAUGCAGGCUGCCAUUAAACAGUAUGCAGAUACCAAGGACGGGCCGCUUGCAGCUGUCCCGAAUAUCAUGGGAUUCUACUCGGCCAAGAGCCUUCUAUCCAAGGAGGAGAUGGGAAAGGUGCUGCAGAGUGUCAGGGCUAUCAAGCCGGAGACCGAAUUCCACGCGAAGCAGAUUCAACAGGUCAUUGCGAACCUGGACGACGAGAAAGCCUCAAACAUCCAGAUCGUUCUUGUUCCCGCAAUGAUGAAUCCCGAAGGCGAUGUCAAGAACCACAGCAAGCUCUUCACAGAUAUUGCCGACCCCGAGAAGAUUGGAAUCACAGCCGUUGUGGGCAUCCAGAACCCGGUCUCCCGCGGAUACAUUCAUAUCAAGUCAUCUGAUCCCGCUCAGCAACCCACCAUCCAGCCUAAAUGGCUUACCCAGGAAGCAGAUGCUAUUAUCCUCGGGGCUGCUCUGCGCAUGGCCGAUCGCGUCGGCCACUCAAAGCAUCUACGAGACUCGAUCUCCAGUCGAACCUUCCCUCGACCGAGCGUGGAUCUUCAGAAUCUCGAUCAGGCUACAGAGGCAGUACAUGAUUAUGUUUCCUCGAUGUAUCAUUUGUGCGGUACGGUUGCUCUGGGUGAAGCCGUUGACUCCCAUCUGCGUGUGAAGGGCGUUCAAGGAGUUCGAGUCGCGGAUGCAUCCAUCUUCCCGAACAAUCUGAGUGGCAACAUUCAGGCUAGUGUUUAUGCAGUGGCGGAGAGGGCGGCUGAUAUAAUUAAGGAUGACUCGGCUGCUGAGAAUCGCCUUCCCAAGGCGAAACUUUGA